ACGGACCCAGAAGAAGGUCAAGAUCGUCUAGCGGGUCUCAUGAAAAAAGACAAGAGGAUGGGUUCACCCUAGUCCGACACCGAGCAAUUACUGGCGAAACCACAACAGCAUUGCUGCGGGGUCCAUUGAUACUGACCGCAGUCACACGUCCCCUCAACCUGGCUUCGGGAUCCAAUCAAACCGUGGCACUGAUCUCGAGAUUUGAGAUCCGGAUUUGGCUAUGAUGGAUGUUUCGUAUGUCGAAGCCUGGCGGCUGGGAAAAGAGCUGGCUUUGCGUGACCAGGCAUUCACUGUGGCUCUUUCGAGGUUGCGGAAGGCAAUUCACGGUGAGGCGCCGAAAGGGUCGAAAACGGAGUGCCAAAAGCAGACCCGCGGGGAUAGCCUCCGCGGUCUCGAUGGCCUAGUAUCCGGGCUCCAUGGUAUCAAUUCUGGAGUUCCGCCAGAGGAGCUCCCUAGCGAGGGCACCAAGCAUUCAUCAUUAGAAAAUCUCCUGGAUAGCUCGCCGAACAGCCCAGACUUCGGCGAAAUCCUUAAUUGGGUGAUUGAAAAACUUCACUUCGAUAGCGUUCCCGCGAAUUAUCUGCUAUCCAACCCAAGAAGUCUCCCGGGAGAGACACUGCGAUUCCUCCACGUUGAUAAGAAUUGGAUAGAUUUUUUGAUAGAUGGGGCCCUUAGUAUUGGAAACCAUUCCGCGGCAGCGACUUCACCUCAGGAUGAUGAAGCUAGAACGGCGAUCACGGAGGCCAUCAAUGAGUACCUCAAUAAGCCAGACCCAACACUCGGAUUGCGAUCCCAAAUCCCAAAAUAUGGUUUCUUGCUACGAUCACAGUUGUUCGCCAAGUUUCCACAUAUCGCCGUGGCGGCAAGGCUGGCUUCUGAAGCACUGUCGGAGAAGGAGAAGGAGAAGGAGAAGGAGAAGGAGAAGGAGAAGGAGAAGGCCGCUCCGUUCAUCCUUGUGCAGAGAUUACUGGCCGUGGAUACCAUACUUUGCCUCUUUGAUUGCGAGCCUGAAGAGCUACAGAGUGUCAUUUACGAUGCCUCUGAACCUGAAGUGAUUCAGUGCUGGUUCAGCUCUCGUUCAAGAUGACAAGCGGGAACUGACAAGCGGGAACCCUACGAUGGAUGAGGACAUUAAUUCGUAGAGAGGGAACGCUUAAGAUAACGUCAGCUACGAAUGGGAAGAGGGGACUGUGCGUUACUUGACUAUAAUACGCGGUGUUUGAAGGUGUAAUAGGUUGCAGACUACGUACAUUAUUACCUUCAGUGGUUCUAGGUGGCGUAUCGACUGAUGAGACGUCGAAAUCGGCACUGUUCGGAUUACAGCUGAUUGAGCCUUGACAUUUUCUACUUCAGCUUAGACCGACCCCCUCGGGGUCGGCGAAUAUUUCAGUUUGCGGACUAUUCCCUCAUCCAUCAGCCUCUUUCCUAAGCAUCGGGUCUACUUCUUAAAACGAUAUUCCACAAUCUCCCACUCUUCACAGCUUUUCUGCAACCACGAUAGCCGGCUCACCAACCUCAACAUCUCUACUCUUCAAAUCUCCGUUUCCAGCCUUCUUCUUG